CACAGCGGCAGCAGACGCGUCUGGCUCUGCCUGUCUGUGCCGAGCGCUGGCGAUCGGAGUCACCCGACCUUGUUCUGAGGCUGGGUACCAAGCUCCCGUCGCUGUCAACUCUGAGAGUGAUCCCAGAUUCAAACCCAGAUCCUUCUGCCAGGCAGAAGCACGGGUUUGAAGAUGGAUUUUACCGGAAAAGGAAAGACCACUGAAGGGAAAGGCCUCUCUGGCUACCCUCUUGCCAAGAGGUUCCCUCUGGCAAGUCCCUCGAUGCUCCUUCCAUCCAAGCCAUUGCUGCCCAUCCUGAGGAGCUCUCCUUCUGCCAAGACAGACAAGAUAUGCCAUGGAGAGCAGGAGACUGGGAAAUCUGGCAGCGGCCUGGACGAGGAGAGUAGGAAAACCCAGGAGCUCACUUCAGAGGGAAAAGGAAGUAAGACCUCCUUGCUGUAUUCCACGGGCGGGGAAAUGAAGAAGAGACCAUUGGGAAAAUCUUUGAUCCCCCGUCUACGGAAGUCAGGAAUUCCCCCUGCUGGCAGUGCUGCUGGGUCUGUGUGCAGCUCUCCCCAUGUGGAUUGGCAGGAGUCCCAUGAGAUGAGGCCAAGACCCAGCAGCAGACACCAAGAGAUGACCUUGGAACAUGCAGGCCUCUCUGGCUACCCUCUUGCCAAGAGGUUCCCUCUGGCAAGUCCCUCGAUGCUCCUUCCAUCCAAGCCAUUGCUGCCCAUCCUGAGGAGCUCUCCUUCUGCCAAGACAGACAAGAUAUGCCAUGGAGAGCAGGAGACUGGGAAAUCUGGCAGCGGCCUGGACGAGGAGAGUAGGAAAACCCAGGAGCUCACUUCAGAGGGAAAAGGAAGUAAGACCUCCUUGCUGUAUUCCACGGGCGGGGAAAUGAAGAAGAGACCAUUGGGAAAAUCUUUGAUCCCCCGUCUACGGAAGUCAGGAAUUCCCCCUGCUGGCAGUGCUGCUGGGUCUGUGUGCAGCUCUCCCCAUGUGGAUUGGCAGGAGUCCCAUGAGAUGAGGCCAAGACCCAGCAGCAGACACCAAGAGAUGACCUUGGAACAUGAAGGCCUCUCUGGCUACCCUCUUGCCAAGAGGUUUCCUCUGGCAAGUCCCUCAAUGCUCCUUCCAUCCAAGCCAUUGCUGCCCAUCCUGAGGAACUCUCCUUCUGCCAAGACAGACAAGAUAUGCCAUGGAGAGCAGGAGACUGGCAAAUCUGGCAGCGGCCUGGAUGAGGAGAGUAGAAAAACCCAGGAGCUCACUUCAGAGGGAAAAGGAAGUAAGGCUUUCUCACAGUAUUCCAGUAGUGGGGAAAUGAAGAAGGGCUCACUGGAAUUGCCUUUGAUCCCCCCACUACGGAAGGCAGGAAUUCCUCCUGUUGGCACUGCUGCUGGGUCAGUGCACACCUCUCUCCAUGUGGAUUUCCAGGAGUUGCAGGAGAUGAGGCCAAGACCCAGAAUCAUAAGCCAAGAGAAGACCCCGGGAGAUGCAGGCCUGUCUGGCUACCCUCUUGCCAGGAGGUUUUCCCGGGCAAGUCCAUCAAUGCUCCUUCCAUCCAAGUCAUUCCUGCCCAUCCUGAGGAGCUCUCCUUCUGCCACACCAAGCAAAAUGUGCCAUGGAGAGCAGGAGACUGGGAAAGCUGGCAGUGGCUGGGAUGAGCAGAGUAGAAAAACCCAGGAGCUAAAUUCAGAGGGAAAAGGAAGUAAGACCUCCUUGCUGUAUUCCACUGGAGGGGAAUUGAAGAAGAGACCAUUGAGAAAAUCUUUGAUUCCCCGUCUACGGAAGGCAGGAAUUCCUCCUGUUGGCACUGCUGCUGGGUCAGUGCACACCUCUCUCCAGGUGGAUUUGCAGGAGUUGCCGGAGAUGAGGCCAAGACCCAGCACACGAAGCCAAGAGAAGACCCUGGACCAUGCAGAUCUGACUGGCUACACCACUGCCAUGAGUCUUGCCCAGACACGUCCCUCUUCACUCCUUCCCAUCAAGCCCUUGCCUCCCAUCCAAGAGAGGCCUUCUUCAAUCAAGCCAAGCAAGGUGUAUGAUGGGGAGGAAGAGAAAGGCAAAAGUAGCACUGACAAGAAAGAUGUCAGAAGAAGCAAGCAGGAGCUGAGAGCAGAGGGAGAAGGACAUAAGACUUCCUUGCCUUGUCCCAUUGGUAGAGAAAUGAAGAUGGGGUCAUUGGGACUGCCUGUGAUCCCCCCAAUACGCAAGGCAGGAAUUCCCUCUGUUGACACUGCUGCUGGGUCAGUGCACAGGUCUCUCCAUGUGGAUUUCCAGGAGUUGCAGGAGAUGAGGCCAAGACCCAGCAUCAUAAGUCAGGAGAAGACCCUGGAAGGUGCAGGCCUGUCUGGCUACCCUCUUGCCAAGAGAAUUUCCCUGGCAAGUCCAUCAAUGCUCCUUCCCUCCAAGCCGUUGCCUCCCAUCCUGAGGAGCUCUCCUUCUGCCAAUACAAUCAAAAUGUGCCAUAGAGAGCAGGAGACUGGGAAAUCUGGCAGCAGCCUGGAUGAGGAGAGGAGAAAAACCCAGGAGCUCACAUCAGAGAGAAAAGGAAGUAAGACCUCCUUGCUGUAUUCCACUGGAGGGGAAUUGAAGAAGAGACCAUUGAGAAAAUCUUUGAUCCCCCGUCUACGGAAGGCAGGAAUUCCUCCUGUUGGCAGUGCUGCUGGGUCUGUGCCCAAGUCUCCUCAAAUGGAUUGGCAGGAGUCCCGCGAGAUGAGCUCCUCAUAUGUUCCUUUGUCCUCCAUUUUCUCCAGGCCAAGACCCAGCAGCAGAAGCCAGGAGAAGACCCCGGAAGAUGCAGAUCUGACUGGCUACACCACUGCCAUGAGUCUUGCCCAGACACGUCCCUCUUCACUCCUUCCCAUCAAGCCCUUGCCUCCCAUCCAAGAGAGGCCUUCUUCCAUCAAGCCAAGCAAGAUGUAUGAUGGGGAGGAAGAGAAAGGCAAAAGUAGCACUGACAAGAAAGAUGUCAGAAGAAGCAAGCAGGCGCUGAGAGCAGAGGGAGAAGGACAUAAGACCUCCUUGCCUUGUCCCAUUGGUAGAGAAAUGAAGAUGGGGUCAUUGGGACUGCCUGUGAUUCCCCCAAUACGCAAGGCAGGAAUUCCCUCUGUUGACACUGCUGCUGGGUCAGCGCACAGGUCUCCCCAUGUGGAUUUGCAGGAGUUGCAGGAGAUGAGGCCAAGACCCAGCAUCAUAAGUCAGGAGAAGACCCUGGAAGGUGCAGACCUGAUUGGCUACACGCUUGCCAGGAGGUUUUCCCUGUCAAGUCCGGCAAUGCUCCUUCCAUCUAAGCCUUUGCUUCCCAUCCUGAGGAGCUCUCCUUUUGCCAUGCCAAGCAAAAUGUGCCAUGGAGAGCAGGAGACUGGGAAAUCUGGCAGCGGCCUUGAUGAGGCGAGGAGAAAAACCCAGGAGCUCACAUCAGAGGGAAAAGGAAGUAAGACCUCCUUGCUGUAUUCCACGGGCGGGGAAAUGAAGAAGAGACCAUUGAGAAAAUCUUUGAUCCCCCGUCUACGGAAGGCAGGAAUUCCCCCUGUUGGCAGUGCUGCUGGGUCUGUGCCCAAGUCUCCUCAGAUGGAUUGGCAGGACUCCAACGAGAUGAGGCCAAGACCCAGCAUCAGAAGCCAGGAGAAGACCCCGGAAGAUGCAGGCCUCCCACUGAGCCAGGCCAAGGAGACAGAUGAUCCCAGCAGUCCUGGUCUUAGGAGUGACAAAGAGCUGAGGGACAGCUUUGGAAAGAUCCAUGCUGAAAUGUGCAAGUUGGCUAAGGAGAAAUUAGAGCAGAAGAAAAUGAAGAUUUUGAUGGAAGCGAUGAAGAGGAGACAAAAUGAAAAAUCCUUGCAGCUUUCUCCAGAGACAGUUGAGCCUGGGGAUGCAGCUGAAGCAAGCUUUAGUCUACCACCUAUCAAUGGCACAGCUCCCAGUGUGCAGAGAAAAGACCCUGGUAGCUCCAUGAAGAAAACAGUUGUGAGAAAGCAGGACAAGGUGCCCUUACAGCCCAGCACGCCCACCAUCCAUGGAGAUGGCAGCUUCCCACUCAGCUCCUCAGUGACCUCGCAGACAGCCACUGGUGCCAAGCGCCGAGAGGAGCCGCUCCGUGGGCACAGGCAGAAGGACAGAGCCUUUUCAGACCCACAGCAGGCCUUGCAGGAGGCCCUGUCCUUUCUGGGCAGCGAUGACUGGGAACGGAAGAAGAAGGGACUCUUGAACAUCACACUGCUGGCUGAGUCCCAUUCAGAAGUCCUGCUGUGUCGACUUCGUGAGAUUUGCUUAGCAGUUACCAGCGAGGUGAGCAACCUCCGGUCCAAUGUGUCCUGCUCUGCAAUCGUCACUCUGGGAGAGCUCUUUGAGAUCUUGGGGAAGGACAUGGACUCCGAGGUGGACGAGAUUGCUGCAGUCCUUCUCCACAUGUUGCGGAACUCCCCAGAGUUUAUUCAGAAGGCAGCCUGUGAGAGCCUGGGGAUGAUGGUCGAGAACGUGACUCCUAUACGAGCAAUGACUGCUCUCAUGGACAAAGGAGUCAAGAGCCGCUACGUCCCGGCGCGGAAGUGUGCGGCCGAACUCCUCCUGUCCUUGACGGAGAAAAUGGGAGUCACGAAGCUUGCAGGCACACCCAGGGCUGAGAGGCUGGCACAUGUGGCAGGGAUACUUGCUCAGGACUGUCACAAGGACACGAGGCAUUAUGGACAGGAGAUGGUGAAGAUGUUGCUGAGUAAUCAAAAAUUUAAAAAGCUUUUGGAACAAUCUCUUUCCACGCAUGACCUGGAAGAUAUCCUGAAGAGAAUGAAGAAGAAAGGGAUGGACAACCAGAAGGCUGAAUGCCCACCUGUGCAGGAGCCGGUGAAGAAGAGGAACGAUGGCGCGAAGAAGCCCCAGGCCACAUCGCCUCCUAGCAAACGGGCAAAGUCUGCCACCGAUGGACACCGCCUACACCGUGCAACAGCCCAGGUCACGUUACCUGCAUCUGUGGAAGAAAGGGAGCUGCUCCAGAAGCUUUACCAUCUCCUGGAAGACAAGGGGUUCCAGACACGGAUGGAAGGAGUGGCACUCCUCCUAGACCUGUCCCAAACCAGACCCCAGCUGAUCACCACUAACAUUGUCCAAAUUUUUGAUUAUUUUGUCCUGAGAAUCUGUGACACACAUAAGAAAGUGAAGCAGAAGGCGCUGGAGGCGCUGGCAGAAAUCAUAGGACUCCUGCAGGAUGCCAUGAACCCACUGAUGAUCCGUUUGGUUGAAGGGAUAACAAAGAACCUAAACUCAAAGGAUCCCGGGGUUCAUGCCGCAGCUGUGAAGGCACUGGACCAAGCUGUUGUGCAUUUGGAUGAAGUAUCCCUGAUGAAAGAGCUCAGCCACCAAUGGAGCCAACUGAGUGGCCAGGCUCUGCUAAUUGUCACGGAGCGUAUCACAGAGCUUGUGGAGUGGGUUCAUGCCAGGAGCCCUGAAGCGGUUGAGCGCUACGCCCUGCCCGUGCUCUGGUCCUGCCUGGAGAACAAGGCGCUGCCUGUGCAAAGCGCCAGCGUCUGCACUGUGGUCACCAAGCUGGCCUGUGCCCUCUGCGAGGCGCUGGGCAGCCGGAUCAUUAAGUUUGCUGACAGCACACCUCCACACGUGCAGGAAAACCUCAACAGCCUUCUGGGCUGGUGAAGGUUUGAUGUUCUCCAGAAAGCGGACACAUUUCUGAGUUGGACACCACCGGACGUGACUUUUCAGCUGUGCCAAAAAUGACAAAAUACUAAGGAAGGGUGUGCAUCUGCCCCCGCUCUGUUAUCACCAUUGCCCUUCCUAGUCAUGACCUGGGGGGCCUGAAGCAAACGAAGACAGAAGACAAGGUGAAGACCAACUAUGGAUCAGCCUGAAGAAAGCCCAGAGUGAAGACGAUGUGAAGACCAGCUGUGGAUCAGCCUGAAGCAAACCCAGAGUGAAGACGAGGUGAAGACCAAGCAUGGAUCAACCUGAAGAAAACCCAGACUGAAGACAAGGUGAAGACCAACUAUGGAUCAGCCUGAAUCAAACCCAGACUGAAGACGAGGUGAAGACCAAGCAUGGAUCAGACUCACACAGAGAUACGACUGGCUACCCUCUUGCCAAGAAGUUUUCUGUGGACGCUUCGGACGUUCUCUUAUCAAGAAAGACCUUACAUCAAGUCCAGGAGAGCUGUCUUUCUUCCAAGAUCAGGAAGAAGCUGCCGACUCUCCGAAGAAUGUUUCAAGAAUAGGAUUUAGGGUUAUGAAGAAUAGGAUUCGUCAAGAAUAGGAUUCAACAAAAAUAGGGUUUAUCAAGAAUAGGAGUUAAGUUUUUGGAAUAGGUUUUAGGCUUCAUAGUUUAAGAUGUACAUAUGUUCUGAUAGUUUUAAAUAAAUGUGUUUUGAGUCUAUCUUUAAA